CCCCAACAGACUUGUUCUCUGAGCACAACUGUGGGCGUUUCCUGGCUUUCCUCAUAUGUGCGAGCGGGUUAAUGUCAGACGAAGUAUUAGAAUGUUUUGCUUUGUAGUUAUACUCUGUUCACAGCUAUUUAAACGUGUGUGCGCGUACUGUAAAUUUCACACUGAAUCACACACUGAGUCUGGAUUUUCUUUUCCUUGCUUUUGUUUUUGUUCUGAGUUUAAAAAAUACAAGUUUUCAUUUUUACCCUUAAUUUUCUGCUUCAUACAUAAAUAUAGAUUCUACAUAAACUCAUAUGUACAGAUAUACAAGAUGUACAAUGAUGAUUGACAAUUUAAAUGCUCUAUAAGCUAAAAUAAGACGAAUGUUUAGACCUUUAGAGUAAAUUAUAUAUAUAUACAUAUAUAUUAUAUGCUAUAAUUGUGUUUAUAAAUGUUUAUUAAAUGUAAUACUACUUUAGAAGAUUCAGUCACAUUGGAGUCUUUAUUUACAUAAAGAUAAAAAGUAUAAAGAUACUACAGUCUGCUGUUUUCUUUUACUUUUUCAAGCUCGAAACCUUUUUUCAGCUGAAUUACUCAACUAUCUCAAAAGAAGUGUUGAACAAAGAUGAUUACAAAAUUUGAAUACUGCCACAGGAGUUACAGAGUGUGGACAUCAACCUGCAGUCAUUCUGGUCAAACUGAUGUUCUGCAGAGGAGGAGUGCAACACUUCCUGUUGCGACGUAGCCUGUAUCCUGUUUUCCACAGUCAGUGGUCAUGCGUGUCAUUCCCCUCUGCGAGGCUGUGUGGGCACGAUCUUGUGACCGUGCGCUGUGACUAUGAGAGUGAAGCAAAGAGGACUCAACGCGUCUGAGAAAAACUUUUAAAUCAGCAAAAAAAAAAAAUGUUAAGGAACACAAUAAAUGCACUGACAGAGAUCUGUGGGUUGAUCAAAACUAAGACCGUGUUCAGUUUCACCCCGUGGGGACCCAACCAGGACCUCGCUGUGUGGCACUUGCACUUUUAUAAAUAUAACACUGUUGGUGACAUUAAGUGCAGCAUAGGUCACUGGGCAUAUGUUUAGGCAUUCAGUUAGAGGCUGACACAAUAACACAGACACCUGUUCCUAUACCCUGUGAGGCCCCCUCUUGUCUUCACGGUAUUGUAAAUAACGAUGGACAAAGUAUUUUGGUCCUUUAAUUUCGAAAAAACUAAAUUUAUUUUACAAGAAGUGGUGAGAAAAGUGAGAUGUUCAAUGUACAUCUCAUUCCAUUGCACCUUUAACAUGACAUGAUGGAAUAUGACAGUUCGUCACUAACUCAGUCAAACUUCAGGGACAAAAGUGAUUGUGACUCAGUUGCACCUUGAUCAGUGCUAAUAAUAUCCACAGAGGCUCCUGGGAGUUUGGCGCCUUAGGCAAAACCACAGUCUGUCUCCCUGAUCCAUCCUGGUUUGAGUCAGACUGAGCAAACAUGUGAUUGUUAUCAUACUUUUGUGUUUUAAUAUAAAAAGAAUCAUAUUUUAAAAAAUAGAGAUAGAUAAUUUGGCUCUUCCUACUUUGAGCACCCACUACCCUCCCUCAUCUUUGCUCUGCACCUUUGGCAGCUUCUAACAAGCAACAGACCCUUAAGUUAGUUGAGGUUUAGUUUGUCCAAACCACUGUUAGUAUGAGACAGUAUCUGCAGCCCACUCAGGCUGCACAAACCCUUGAGUUAAUCAUGUCCACAUAGGUCUCACAAGCAUGGAGGAGGAAAGCAGUGAGAGCUGGACAGGUGCAAGACUGCUACAGUACCUGCUCCUCUGUACGGGAGGACAAAAUGACUCCCGCCGGGGGACUUGUGUGCAUGUUUCUGGACAAACUGUCAAAGACGGGGGCCGAUGGGAUGCACAGCUGUCAGACGCUACACUGACCCAGGCCCUGGGUUGCUGCUGGUGCAGAGUCCUGCACCGCCCAUAGACAAAUAACACAGGCAGACGCCCAAACAGGACAUUGUAUAGUGAGGAUGAAUUGUAAGGAUAUUUGGGCAACACAAGUCAGAGUCAUGAAGACUAACGCACCAAUGCACAUGACAACAGUUUGGAAAAACACUGCAGACAGGGCAUGUGAUCUGUUGGGGUUAUGGUGUUCACGGUCUUUUCAUGAUGUUGCAAUUUGCCGUCAGAGUGUGAAAAGUAGAGUGAAGAGCUCAACCAGAAAAAAAGCUAUGUUUUCAGUUAAACAGGUACAGUUCACGUGUGUGUAGAGAACAGAGGUGGAGUUGAAAUCAUUUUAAUAAAAUUAUUAUUUGUUAUUAGGAUUUUCCUACGGUUUUCCACAUUAAAAUCCAUUAGAAAAUUCAAUUGUGAGUAAUGCAUAGUGUGUACAUUUUGAUUUAAUAUCAAUGUAAAUCAGUGGGCCACACAACAAUAAAAAUAUUGAAAACAAACGCAGUGAACAAGCAGACAGCUCUUACUGAAGCCUGGAUCAUCCUGACUUUACAACACGUAAAUGGAUUCAUUUAAAUGCAACCUUCAAGGAACUGAAUCUGAAAGAAGUUCCCAGUUCCUCAUUCGAUAAUAUGUCACUGCUGGUGUAAUGCACUGCACCUCUGAGGCCACACAGAAGACAAACACACUGAGGGCCAGUGCAGAAGAGUGUUGAAGAUGUCCGAAACCUGAAAAAAGUAAAAAACGUAUAGAAAUAAACAGUGUUCAGUGUUUUCAGUCAUUUACAGUAACUAAAAUAUCAAGUUGAACUCACGCAGUUCAGUCAGUUUUAACUUGUUCAACGAGAACACAAAACAUCAGCAGAAAACAUUUGCUUUUGUCGUCACUGAAAGUAGUGUUUAAAAUAAAACUGCACCUAAACUCUGUGUAUUAAUACCUUUGGAAAAUACUGCUGUACUGUAUGUUAUCAGUUUAGCUCAGGCAGCUGUGAUUAGUUCAGGGGCCGUUCGAGGGCUGGCCACAGUCUGUGUGGUUUCAACAGCUCCCAAAACAGACACUUGGACGAUGCAGGUACACAAACGACAAUAGACAAUAACACUGUACUGUGUCGAUGUAGAGCGUCAGAUAAGUGGCCGUUUACACGCUCAAGCCUUUCUGUAUCUGCCUCCAGAGAAGCAGCUGAGGCCUCAGAGGAAUCAACGCUCCGAGGCCGGGAGAUACACACCGACGCGCACUCACACGGCCUCACUUAGAUCUCACAGAAAUAAUAUUUUCAGCGCUCGCUUAUCAGAGCGCUGCAGUCUUCCUCUCGAGCAGGCGGCGCUAACUAUACACACUCAGAUUUACUGUACUCGUCUGAGCGUCUGGGAAACACGCCGCAGCGUCUUCGCACAUGAAUAUGCAUCAGGCGGAAACCAGCGUGGUUUGGCUUCGCCUGUGGACGUGCAGCAGCACCGCCGGCGUCGGCGGCUGAUGCAGCUCAACCCGACGGGGACAUGUGCCGCGGCUUCCUGGGUGUCCGUCGUCUCACAUCAGAGGAGCUCAGGCCCCAGGAGGGCCCGGUAUCAGGGCAGUAUCUCCGGUUACAACACAGAUUCUGUGCCUUCAUCUUAUCUCCCAGCUGCGUAUGAACGCACGUGUGAAGGGGGGCACGGAUACGGCCACGCUCUGUUUACAUCACCAAACAGCGUAUUUCAGUCAUUUUGUGACAGUCCACACUUUCGACCCCUUCAGUUUCGCCUCCGCCGUCAGAACCCCGGAAACACAGCUGUUUACAGUGUUUUGUAGUUUGACACCUCACGCACCAAAAAUAACACAUAUGGUCAAAAUAAACAGUGUCUUUGCUGUGCAUGCGAGCAAAUAAUUCUAUGUUUAAACGUUUACGGCUCACAGAAUCAAGUCUUUUGAGAUGUAAAGCAGCUUUUUGGCUAAAUCUAACUAACGUGCUGUCCCUGACUGAUGAAUGGAUUUUACUGCAUUGUGCCUUGACAUAUAUUGGAAAGUGGAGUGAAUGAAAUGAUAACAACAAUAUUAAAUUGUUGAUUAUUUGCACACUGUACAGUACCAUUUAUCAUUUGUUCACACAGCUGCAGUGAUGUACAUAUUUAAUAGUUAUAUGCUGAAAUAAAAGCUGUCUUAAAGGAUCCCUGCUGUCCACUGUGUACAGUAUCUACAGCUCCCCUGACACGCUGAGUGCUGGUGAGACCCCCUGCUGUUUGGACGCAUGCUAAGAUGAAAAGGCUCAGGAAAUAGAUACAAUCAGCAACACUUACAACACUUAGAUAUGGGACUGUUAAUUGUAGUCUGGGUUUAUCACCCGUUUCUGAGAGCGGCAGCGUGUGAGGAAAGUCCUCGGCCAUGAUUGGCUGCUGAGGGACGGAACAGGACAUAUAGUCAGAUAUAAGUUUCAUCUCCCCUGACAAAUCAUCAAUGACCAGGGAUGUGCAGCGGUCGCACUCCAACGCUCCCACCCACACGAAAGUUCCAUUUUCAUUUUACCAACAGCCAGAACCUUGUGUGUUUAGCUUCAUUUGACGCCGCUAAAGGCCUCGGAGUGUAGUUAAUGCCAUUAAGUGAGUACUACUGUAUAGAACAGAAGAGACAAAGACAGACAGAGAGAGAGAGAGAGAGAGAGAGAGAGAGAGAGAGAGAGAGAGAGAGAGAGAGAGAGAGAGAGAGAGAGAGAGAGAGAGAGAGAGAGAGAGAGAGAGAGAGAGAGAGAGAGAGAGAGAGAGAGAGAGAUUUUGGCUUCGUUGAAAGGAAAUUUUGAAACAUUGUGCAAUGGUGCCGCAAAAGUUUUGAAAGGUUGUGAGAGCGUUUUGCCAGCAAAGUGUCUGUGACUCGGUCUGUUGGAGGAGAGGUCUCCAUGUUGCAUCCGUACAGAAUGGAGAGCUACCUCAUCCCACCUCACUCAGAAGAAAUGUACGAUUCAGACAUCUACAGGCAUCACCUACCCACAGAAUACUACAACCCUUAUGUCUUAGACCCAGAUAUCCAGGCAGAUCACUGGGACUACCACCCUCACCCCCACGUACAUUCUGCAGAAUUUGAAAACCUCCAAGAGACCAACUUCACAGAGCUGCAGAGUGUGCAGGCGCUGCACCCGCCCGGCCUCAUACGACACGAGGCCAUUCGAUACGAUGCAGAGGCCAUCGACCCGAGCCUCGGCGCCCAUCCACACGUGUUACAGCAGCCAGUCUUCUUCCCUCGCACCGUUUACACACCACACGUGUCCCAGCGCAGCUCUGAUGACGAGGACCACGGAGGACGGAGUCCGCCGCUGGAGGUGUCCGACGAGGAGUGUCUGAGGGACCGGGUGCCCUACGUCCCCCAGGGGGAGCUGGGCAACAAGAAGAAGAUCCGCUUGUACCAGUUCCUGCUGGACCUCUUAAGGAGCGGGGACAUGAAGGACAGCAUCUGGUGGGUGGACAGGGAACGAGGAACCUUCCAGUUCUCCUCCAAGCACAAGGAGGCGCUCGCGCACCGCUGGGGCAUCCAGAAGGGCAACCGCAAGAAGAUGACCUAUCAGAAGAUGGCGCGCGCUCUGCGCAACUACGGCAAGACUGGAGAGGUGAAAAAGAUCAAGAAGAAGCUGACGUACCAGUUCAGCGACGAGGUGCUGGGGAAGAGUCACCUGGAGAGGAAGCCGUACAUGUAGACAGGGGUCGGGGUCGAAGGCCCGGACUCAGGCAUGAACCACGGUUAUCAAGAAAGACUCUAGACUCGUAGUUUGUGGUAGAUGCUUAAUGCGUGUUAAUCUGAUGUGAAGCAGCAGCCGGACGCAGUCUUCAUGUUAAGUCGUUCAGAGGCCACUUUGUAAUUAAACGAAAGGAAGCUCAGGUUUAUCAUUGAUGAAUGUCUACAGAGAUCCACCACCGUGUCCUCAGAUUUAAACAAGCAUUAUAAAUAUCUUCUUUCUGUGAAUUAUGUUUCUUUGUGUGAGCUCAGAUUUGAAAACUCCUCCAUGGUGGCCACAGUAGGAACUGCUCCCACCCAGUGACUUUAAUGCGGCUACGUUGACUUAUUAAUUUAUUAUCUACACCCAGCUAGAAAUAAUAUCGUCUAGAAACUGGGCGAGCGCUUUUAUUGGCGCCCGCAGCAGCUGGAACAGGACGCAGACAGAUGCCUGCGGAUGCGUAGGAGCCCUCGUUAGCAUCCGCUCAGCGCAGUCUGAUAGAACAGACUGAGCCUGACAGGACACAGCUCCAGCUUCAGACUGGCUUUUCAAUUGAAUCACCUCCACAAAUCUCCAAACGAGGAGCGUGAAAGGAUUUCUUUGCUUUUUCUUCUCUAUAGCUGCUCUGUCGUCGUCUUAUCUUUGGGAUUUUUGUUUGCCGGCUUCAAAAAGAUGAGAAGCCUGAUACGCUAGUCUACGGCCAGCAGUGGCUUAUCUGUUGUCUUCUUACAAAAAGAAAUGAAGUAUUCCAGGACCGCCACCGCUUUUUUUGACAUCUUGUUUGUCUGUGCUAAAAAAAAGUCUUAGUCGUGGUCCUGUCCUGCUGUGUUCGAGUCUCCUUGUGAGUCUCCAUGCUCCCAAUACGUUCUCUGUUCACUAUAUCUAAUGCUACUGUAUGUACAUAUUUAAAAUGUCCAUUAAUAUUUAAACUUCAAGGAGACUCAAACGUGAAGCAUAUUGAGGUUAUAUACGUGCUAUCAAAUGUUUUGUACAGAUCCACCAAACUUAGUAACCUGUUAAAAUUCAUGUAAAAAUAAAUUGUUUAUACGA